AAUGUAAAAGCAGGAAAAAACUAAGGUAAGAUUUUAAUUAAUAAGAAAGAGGAGGAGGAUCCUUUGUUUACUAGAGUUUUACAAACAGUCGUCGUCAAGCGUCGUCAAGAGCAGGUCUCUCUACUCUCUCUGGUGUUUUAACCAAAAAUAUGAAAUCUGGCGGCGAUUACAGCAACGGUUUCAACGGCGACCACCACCAUGAGCUUGAGCGGCCAGAGAAGCAACUCCCCGGUGGCCUCAGCUCUUUUGGUAGAGCCAAGAGGCGCAGUCGCGGUGUAGCUCACGACUCUAGAGGCGGUCUCAACAAUGGGGUUAGGGUUUCCGAUGAGCUCGGGGAGCAGAAGCAACUCGAGACUCAGAAAUCUCCUCCGCCUUGCACCGACUUCGACGUUGCCUAUUUUCAUUCGUACGCUCACGUCGGGAUACACGAAGAGAUGAUCAAGGAUCGGGCUAGGACGGAAACUUAUAAGGAAGCUAUAAUGCAGCAUCAGAGCUUCAUCCAAGGCAAGGUUGUGGUGGACGUUGGCUGUGGAACAGGCAUCCUUUCAAUCUUCUGUGCUCAAGCCGGUGCUAAACGGGUAUAUGCUGUAGAUGCAAGUGAUAUUGCAGUCCAGGCAAAGGAAGUUGUAAAAGCCAACGGUUUAUCUGACAAGGUCAUUGUUUUGCAUGGGAGAGUGGAGGAUGUUGAAAUCGACGAGGAGGUUGAUGUAAUAAUUUCAGAGUGGAUGGGCUACAUGCUCUUGUAUGAGAGUAUGCUGGGAAGUGUUAUUACAGCUAGAGAUCGCUGGUUGAAGCCUGGAGGUUUAAUUCUCCCAUCACAUGCAACAUUGUACAUGGCACCUAUAUCACACCCUGACAGAUACAGUCAUAGCAUUGAUUUUUGGCGCAACGUUUAUGGGAUUGAUAUGUCUGCAAUGAUGCAGUUAGCUAAACAGUGUGCAUUUGAAGAACCUAGCGUGGAGUCCAUAUCAGGAGAGAACGUUCUAACAUGGCCAGAAGUGGUUAAACAUAUAGACUGUCAAACAAUAAAAAUCCAAGAGCUAGACUCCGUUACUGCAAGAUAUAAAUUCAAGUCAAUGAUGAGAGCUCCUAUGCAUGGUUUUGGAUUUUGGUUUGACGUUGAGUUCAGCGGACCAGCCUCUUCGCCUGCGAAGACUUCUAGUGGAAUAAGUGUUGCUAGUGGUUCUUCAUCAGUGAGUCCUUCCAGAGAAGGGAAUCAGAAGAAGCGGAGUAAUCCGAGUGAUGCCCUCGUGUUGUCCACCUCUCCCGAGGCUCCUCCAACGCAUUGGCAACAAACGAUUGUAUAUUUCUAUGACCCAAUAGACGUAGAGCAAGACCAAGUCAUUGAAGGUUCUGUUACCCUUUCUCAAAGUAAAGAGAACCGGAGAUUCAUGAACAUCCACUUCGAAUAUUCCUCGGCAGGCCGUUCCUUUGUAAAAGAGUCGGUAAUGCGUUAAGGCGGCGAUUCUCUGACAACAUCUUCUUCUUUACCUUAGAAGCCCUGUAAGAUUUAUAGUCUCUUCUGUUAAAGUAAUCAUUAGUCCAGAACCGACGAAGACAUUGGCCAACAUAUUGAUUUCUGCGAAACCACAAGUUAUUUUAAGAGUGUUAGGUUUAAGAUCAAAUGAUGGAAGCAAUUAUAGGAAAUUGUUCUUGAGGCCACUUUAGCUUCUUACUUGUAACUGGGCGAUACAUAAUUCACUUCUCUCUUGAAUGCUUUUAUUUAUCAUGCAUAAUUUAUUGGUACUUUGUAUAACCUCAAAAAUCAAAUAUUCAAAUUUCUGUUUUAAA